CUCAAGAUGACCACAAAGACGUACCCCCUCCCAAAUGGCACCGGUGCCAUUCCCGCCAUCGGCCUAGGAACCUGGCAAUCCAGCGCGAACGCGACCCGCGACGCAGUGAAACAUGCCCUGCAACACGGGUACAGACAUAUCGACACUGCGCUAAACUACGGAAACGAGAAGGAAGUUGGUGAGGGAAUCAGAGCAUCUGGUGUCCCACGGGACCAGAUCUGGGUGACUACCAAGCUCGAUAACCACUGGCAUCAUCGGGUGCGGGAGGGCCUUGAUGCAUCAUUAACUGCUCUGGGGCUGGAUUACUUGGACCUGUAUUUGGUACAUUUUCCAUGCUCGACCGAUCCGGAGGAUCGAGGGAGAUGUCUCCCUGACUGGGAUUUUGUGAAGACUUGGCAAGAUAUGCAGAAGCUCCUAGAGACUGGAAAGGUCAGGAAUAUCGGGGUCUCGAAUUUCCAAAUUACGCAUCUGGAGAGACUACUCAAUGACCCAUCCUGCACGGUUGUCCCAGCAGUUAACCAGAUCGAGCUCCAUCCUUACAAUCCCUCUCCCAAACUCCUGGAAUACUGCAAGUCCAAAGGAAUCCAUUGCACGGCGUAUUCCUGUCUAGGCGGCCACAGCGACUCCCCUAUAAAUGGGCAGACAGAUCUACUCAAGGAUCACGUCGUACUGAGGAUCGCUGAGGUGAAGAAGAAAACGCCGGCUCAAAUAUUGUUAAUGUGGGGACUCCAACGGGGCGUCAGCGUUAUCCCGAAAAGCAUCACCCCUGAACGGAUCGAAAAUAAUUUUGACCUAGAUGGGUGGAAUCUGACAGAGGAAGAGUUUGGAGAGAUCAGUGGAAUCACGACAAGGGCGAAAGUCGUGGGAGAUGCAUGGAUGCCUAUUCGGGUUUUCGUCGGUGGUGAUGAGUAGAUAGCACCUUCUUAUGGAUGGGCCUUAUGAUGAAUAGAUUCUUGGAUAUUUGUAUACACUCUGCUGAAUAUGAAUUAAUAAUGAUAUAAAGAAA